UCAUGAGGCAUUUACUUCAGCUUCUCCAUGACCAGUGGGUUCAUGUACUUGUCCCUAUGGGCUUUGCCUUUGGAUGUUACCUACCUAGGAGGGAUGAUGAAAAGCUAACUGCCUUCUGGAAUAAGAGCAUGCUAUUUCAAAGAGAACUGAGGCCCAAUGAAGAAGUUACUUGGAAGUAAAGACUGGUUAAAU